GUGUGCAGAUUACAGGAGCCAGAGGAUGAAGAUGAAAGCUACCUGCACUCCGGAGACGCCACCAGCCCAGACAGCGGGGCACUUGUGCAGGGAAGGAUGUACUAAAUGUGGACCUGUGGACUCCCUAUGUCUGAGGAAAAUGGGAAUGCAAAGUGGAUUUACAUUGUGCUACCUGUUUUUUUUACUGAUGGUUACAUGUGUGAGAGGAUUUAUAUAUACUUGUGGUGGAACGUUAAAAGGAUUGAAUGGAACUAUAGAAAGCCCAGGCUUCCCAUAUGGCUAUCCAAAUGGUGCAAAUUGCACAUGGGUAAUAGUGGGAGAGGAACAAAACAGAAUCCAGAUUGCCUUUCAAUCAUUUGCUCUUGAAGAAGAAUAUGAUUAUUUAUCAUUAUAUGAUGGACACCCUCACCCUACGAAUUUUAGAACAAGGAUAACGGGAUUCCAUCUUCCUCCACCUGUAACAAGUACUGGAUCAGUGUUUUCGUUGCGUUUGACCAGUGACUUUGCAGUUAGCGCACAUGGCUUCAAAAUAUUUUAUGAAGAAUUACGGAGCAGCUCCUGUGGAAAUCCUGGAAUCCCACCCAAGGGUGUCCUGUCUGGCUCCAAGUUUGAUGUAGGAGAUAAAAUACGGUACAGCUGUGUAACAGGAUACAUUCUGGAUGGUCAUCCGCAGCUUACAUGUAUAGCCAAUUCAGCAAACACAGCGACGUGGGAUUUCCCUGUCCCUAUAUGUAGAGCUGAAGAUGCCUGUGGAGGCACCGUACGGGGAACCAAUGGAAUUAUAACGAGUCCUGGAUUUCCUAAUGAAUACUAUAACAAUGCAGACUGUACAUGGACCGUGGUUACAGAACUUGGAGACACCAUAUCACUUGUUUUUACUGAUUUUCAAAUGGAGGAAAAAUAUGAUUACUUGGAAGUUGAAGGAUCUGAACCGCAAAAAAUCAGGUUAUCCGGGAUGAAUGUGCCACCUCCGGUAGUCAGCAGCAAGCACUGGUUAAGGAUCCAUUUUGUUACUGAUGGCAACCAUCGAUACAGAGGAUUCAGUGCUCAGUAUCAAGGUUUCAGCAAAACUACUUCCACCGGUGAGUUGGAGGAGCAAAUUGAAGCUACUCCUGGUGCUGUAACACUUGCUCUCACUGCCGCUGAUGUUACUGUAUCCUGUUUAACUGCUAACCCCUACAAAAGAGAAGCAGAAGAACUUCAGGUACAAGUUGUUGAACACGUUUUGGAGUCAAGCAUAACCAAGGAGCUACUGCCUUCUCCAACAGCACAAACACAAAGCUUACGAAGACGACCAAGAAAUUCUGUACAGAUAGAAAGAACUAAAGAACUUGCAGGUGUUACUCAUAGAGUGAAAAGGUCCAUAGAUUAUAAAUCUAGAGGAUUUAAAUUGUUUCCAGGGAAAGACCUCAACAGCAAGUUUUCUAUCUUAAAUGAGGGAGGUAUAAAACAAUCAUCAAAUUUGUGCCCUGAUCCGGGAGAACCCGAAAAUGGAAAAAGAAUAGGCUCUAAUUUUAGCCUUGGUGCCACAGUUCUGUUCUCCUGUGAUGAAGACUAUGUUCUUCAAGGUGAGAAAAAAAUCACCUGUCAGAGGAUUGCUGAUGUCUUUGCAGCUUGGAGCGAUCACAGACCAGUGUGUAAAGUGAAGACUUGUGGAUCUAAUCUCCAGGGUCCAAGUGGAACAUUCAUGUCUCCUAACUUCCCGUUUCAAUAUGACAGCAAUGCUCAAUGUGUUUGGGUCAUCACUGCUGAAAAUCCCAACAAGGUUAUUCAGAUAAAUUUUGAAGAAUUUGACCUUGAGAUAGGUUAUGAUACACUGACAAUUGGGGAUGGAGGAGAAGUCGGUGACCCAAAGACUGUUUUGCAAGAGUUAACAGGAAGCUUUGUUCCAGAUUUAAUUGUGAGCAUGAACAAUCAAAUGUGGCUGCAUCUACAAACUGAUGACAGCAUUGGUUCAAUCGGAUUCAAGGUGAACUACAAAGAAAUUGAAAAAGCGAGCUGCGGAGACCCUGGAACGCCAUUAUAUGGUAUACGGGAAGGAGAUGGCUUUUCCAAUGGAGAUGUCCUAAGAUUUGAAUGUCAAUUUGGAUUUGAAUUAAUAGGACAACGGUCUAUAUCUUGCAAAGACAAUAAUCAAUGGUCUGCAAAUAUACCUAUAUGUAUAUUUCCAUGUCUAUCUAAUUUUACUGCACCGAUGGGAACUGUUCUGUCUCCUGACUACCCAGAAGGUUACGGGAAUAACUUAAACUGCAUUUGGACAAUUAUUUCUGAUCCAGGAAGUAGAAUCCAUCUUUCUUUUAACGAUUUUGAUUUAGAGUCCCAAUUUGAUUUUCUUGCUAUUAAAGAUGGAGAUUAUUUGGACUCUCCAAUAUUGGGAACUUUCACCGGUGCUGAAGUUCCGUCUCAUCUUACAAGUAACAGUCACAUUUUGCGGAUGGAAUUCCAAGCAGAUCACUCAAUGUCUGGACGUGGAUUUAAUAUCACAUAUAGCACAUUUGGACACAAUGAAUGUCCGGAUCCUGGGAUUCCUAUAAAUGCUCGUCGCUUUGGUGAUAACUUUCAGCUGGGAAGCUCAGUGUCUGUUGUUUGUGAAGAUGGAUUUAUCAAGACUCAAGGCACUGAAACCAUUACAUGUAUGCUAAUAGAUGGAAAAAUUAUGUGGAGCGGUCCAAUUCCUAGGUGUGAAGCUCCUUGCGGUGGCCAUUUUUCUUCUCCCAGUGGAGUAAUACUUUCUCCAGGAUGGCCUGGGUACUACAAGGACUCACUAAAUUGUGAAUGGGUGAUUGAAGCAGAAUCUGGACGCUCCAUUAAAAUUACAUUUGAAAGAUUUCAAACUGAACUUAAUUAUGAUGUGUUGGAAGUACACGAUGGCCCAAAUUUGUUAUCGCCACUCCUGGGAUCCUAUAAUGGCACGCAAGUUCCCCAGUUCCUAUUCAGCAGUGUGAAUUACCUAUAUCUACUCUUUACGACGGACAACAGCCGAUCCAAUAAUGGUUUCAAGAUUCAUUAUGAGAGUGUAACAGUUGAUACACAUUCAUGCUUGGAUCCAGGAAUACCAUUACAUGGUCAUCGCUAUGGCUAUGACUUCUCCAUUGGGUCUACUGUUUCAUUUGGCUGUCAACCUGGCUAUACACUUAGCCAUGAAGAACCCUUGUUGUGUGAAAAAAACCACUGGUGGAGUCAUCCACUGCCAACAUGUGACGCUUUAUGUGGUGGAGAUGUCAGAGGUCCAAGUGGUACAAUCCUGUCUCCUGGUUACCCUGAAUUUUACCCAAAUUCUUUAAAUUGUACAUGGACAAUAGAAGUCACCCAUGGAAGAGGAGUACAGUUCACCUUUCAUACCUUUCAUCUGGAAGAUCUUCAUGACUACUUACUAAUCACCGAAAACGGUAGCUUUACCCAGCCACUGGCACGACUCACGAGCUCCGAGCUCCCUGCAGCAAUUAACGCUGGUCUCUAUGGAAAUUUCAGAGCUCAACUGCGUUUUAUUUCAGAUUUUUCAAUAUCAUAUGAAGGAUUCAACAUUACUUUUUCUGAAUACAGUCUUGAACCAUGUGAGGAUCCAGGUAUCCCACAAUACGGAAGGCGGCAAGGUAAUCACUUUGCAGUAGGGGACAUGAUAACAUUUUCCUGCACAUCUGGAUAUCGCCUAGAUGGAGUGUACGAAAUAAUUUGCCUGGGCGGUGGACGUCGUGUGUGGAGUGCACCUCUGCCAAGGUGUGUGGCUGAAUGUGGAGCAUCUGCAACAAGUAAUGAAGGAAUUCUGCUGUCUCCGAAUUACCCAUUGAACUAUGAAAAUAAUCAUGAAUGUAUUUACAGCAUUCAAGUACAAGCUGGGAAAGGAAUCAAUAUUUCAGCCAGAACAUUUCACUUAGCAGAAGACGAUGUUCUUAAAAUAUAUGAUGGGAGAGACAAUACUGCUCACUUAUUGGGAGCCUUCACUGGAUCAUCUUUGAGGGGACUGACGUUGAGUAGUACAUCAAAUCAUCUGUGGCUGGAGUUUAACUCUGACUCAGAUGUGAAUGAUGAAGGAUUUCAGUUGGUUUACACAAAUUUUGAACUGUCACAUUGUGAAGACCCCGGAGUGCCUCAGUUUGGCUACAAAAUCAGUGACCAGGGACACUUCGCUGGCAGCACCAUAAUAUACGGAUGUAACCCAGGUUACACACUGCAUGGGAGCAGCCUGUUAAAGUGCAUGACAGGAGAAAGAAGGGCGUGGGAUUACCCUCUGCCAUCGUGUAUUGCUGAAUGUGGUGGCCGUUUCAAAGGAGAAUCAUCCGGCAGAAUUUUAUCACCUGGAUAUCCCUUUCCAUACGAUAAUAAUUUACGCUGCACGUGGGUAAUCGAAGUGGAUUUGGGCAACAUUGUAAGUCUUCAGUUCCUUGCCUUCGACACAGAGGCGUCACAUGACAUCCUUCGGGUCUGGGAUGGACCUCUGGACAAUGAAAUGCUACUAAAAGAAAUUAGCGGCUCUCUCAUUCCUGAAGGAAUUCACAGCACUCUUAAUAUUGUUACAGUACAGUUCGACACUGAUUUUUACAUCAGCAAAUCGGGAUUUGCAAUUCAGUUUUCAAGUUCCAUAGCUACAGCAUGUCGAGACCCAGGGGUUCCCAUGAACGGAACUCGGAAUGGGGAUGGUCGAGAACCUGGGGAUACUGUUAUUUUCCAGUGUGAUCCUGGCUAUGAGUUACAAGGGGAGGAAAGAAUUACUUGCAUCCAAGUCGAAAAUCGAUUCUUUUGGCAGCCCAGCCCUCCAUCAUGUAUUGCUCCAUGUGGGGGCAAUCUGACUGGUUCUGCUGGCUUUAUUUUAUCUCCAAAUUUCCCGCACCCGUAUCCACACAGCAGAGACUGUGACUGGACUAUUACAGUCAAUCCGGAUUAUGUGAUUUCCUUGGCUUUUAUCAUCUUCAGUAUUGAGCCAAAUUACGACUUCCUGUACAUUUAUGAUGGGCCGGAUGGUCACAGCCCUCUGAUUGGAAGUUUUCAAGACAGCAAAUUGCCAGAGCGAAUCGAGAGCAGCUCGAACAAUAUGCAUAUGGCUUUUCGAAGUGAUGGCUCCGUCAGCUUCACUGGUUUUCAUUUGGAAUAUAAAGCUAAGCUACGGGAAUCCUGCUUUGACCCUGGAAAUAUAAUGAAUGGCACUAGACUUGGCAUGGAUUAUAAACUUGGAUCCACCGUUACCUAUUAUUGCGAUGCUGGCUAUGUCCUUCAAGGAUAUUCAACGCUUACAUGUAUCAUGGGGGAUGACGGAAGACCUGGUUGGAACAGAAUGUUACCAAGCUGUCAUGCACCAUGUGGAAGUCGCUCUACUGGCUCAGAGGGUACCGUCUUGUCGCCUAACUAUCCCAAAAACUACAGUGUGGGGCAUAACUGUGUUUUUUCAGUUGCUGUACCCAAGGAGUUUGUGGUUUUUGGCCAGUUUGCCUUUUUCCAGACGUCUCUCCAUGAUGUAGUUGAGGUAUAUGAUGGAACAACUCAACAGUCACCUCUCUUAUCCUCCCUCUCAGGAUCUCAUUCAGGAGAGUCGCUUCCACUAAGUUCUGGUAACCAGAUUAUAAUUAAAUUUACAACUGUUGGACCAAUGACUUCAAAAGGAUUUCACUUUGUCUAUCAAGCCGUUCCAAGGACGAGUUCGACUCAGUGUAGCUCCGUGCCAGAACCGCGCUUUGGAAAAAGGAUUGGAAAUGAAUUUGCCGUUGGAUCCGUGGUCUUCUUUGAAUGUAACCCAGGAUAUGUCCUCCAGGGAUUAGUGUCCAUUAGAUGUGACACAGUGCCGAAUGCUUUGGCUCAAUGGAACGACACCCUACCAACAUGCAUUGUGCCCUGUGGAGGAAUUUUAACAAAGCGCAAGGGGACCAUUCUGUCUCCUGGCUACCCUGAGCCAUAUGACAACAAUUUGAACUGUAUAUGGAAAAUCACUGUGCCGGAGGGAGCAGGCAUUCAAGUGCAGGUUGUCAGUUUUGCAACGGAACAUAACUGGGACUCCUUGGAUUUUUAUGAUGGCGGUGACAACAAUGCUCCGAGACUUGGCAGCUAUUCAGGAACUACUAUCCCUCACCUGCUGAACAGUACAUCAAACAACCUGUACUUAAAUUUCCAAUCAGACAUCAGUGUUUCUGCAGCUGGCUUCCACCUGGAAUACACAGCAAUAGGUCUUGACUCUUGUCCAGAACCGCUAAUGCCAAGUAACGGAAUAAAAGUCGGUGACCGAUACAUGGUUGGGGAUGUGGUGUCAUUUAAUUGUGACCAAGGGUACUCCCUUCAGGGACAUUCUCACAUCACAUGUAUGCCUGGUCCAGUGAGAAGAUGGAACUAUCCAAUCCCGAUUUGCAUUGCUCAGUGUGGUGGGGCAAUGUCUGACUUCAGUGGCGUAAUACUCAGCCCAGGAUUUCCUGGAAACUAUCCAAGUAGUUUAGACUGCACAUGGACCAUCAAACUGCCCAUUGGAUUUGGUGUGCAUCUACAAUUUGUCAAUUUCUCCACCGAAACAAUACACGAUUACCUAGAAGUACGGAGUGGAUCUGCAGACAUCGGCUCGGUAAUUGGCAGAUUAAGUGGCCCUCAGGUACCUGCCUCGCUGUUCAGCACAACCCAUGAGACCAGCUUGUAUUUCCAUAGUGAUUAUUCUCAGAACAAACAGGGAUUUCACAUCAUUUAUCAAGCGUACCAGUUACAGAGCUGUCCAGAUCCCCGCCCAUUUCGCAAUGGAUUUGUCAUUGGAAAUGACUUCACCGUGGGACAUACUGUAUCGUUUGAGUGUUACCCUGGCUAUUCGUUGAUUGGAGAAUCUGCCCUCACCUGUCUUCACGGAGUGAGCCGCAACUGGAACCAUCCGGUGCCUCGCUGCGAUGCUCUCUGUGGAGGGAAUAUAACAGCAAUGAACGGAACUAUUUUCUCUCCCGGAUACCCGGACGAGUACCCCAACUUUCAGGACUGCCUGUGGCUGGUCAAAGUCCCACCAGGGAAUGGGAUAUAUAUCAAUUUCACAGUCCUUCAAACUGAACCUAUUUAUGAUUUUAUAACCGUAUGGGAUGGGCCAGACCAAAGCUCCCCUCAGAUUGGGCAAUUUAGUGGCAACACGGCGCUGGAAUCUGUUUAUAGCACUUCCAACCAGGUCUUGAUAAAGUUCCACAGUGACUUCACAACCAGUGGUUUCUUCGUUCUCAGCUACCACGCCUAUCAACUGAGGAUUUGUCAAUCACCCCCACCGGUACCGAAUGCAGAAAUAUUGGCAGAAGACGAUGAAUUUGAAAUAGGGGACAUAAUACGCUAUCAGUGCGUUCCCGGUUUUACCUUAGUGGGCAAUGAGAUCCUGACCUGCAGACUGGGCGAGAGGCUUCAGAUGGACGGAUCGUCACCUUCAUGCCAAGUCUUGUGCCCGGCCAAUGAAAUGCGUCUGGACUCGACAGGUAUCAUACUGAGUCCCGGCUAUCCUGACAGCUACCCAAACCUUCAAAUGUGUGCGUGGAGCAUUAGCGUGGAGAAAGGAUACAAUAUAACCAUAAUCUUUGAAUUCUUUCACACCGAAAAGGAGUUUGACGUGCUUGAAGCUUUUGACGGACCAAACAGUCACUACCCGCUGCUCAUUUCCUUAAGUGGGGAUUAUUCAUCUACUUUCAAUAUAACGAGCAGUGGACAUGAGGCUUUUUUACGGUGGUCGGCAGAUCACGGGACCAACAAGAAAGGAUUCAGAAUACGAUAUAUAGCUCAGUACUGCAGCACUCCCGAGUCUCCUCCACACGGAUUCAUUGUUAGUCAAACAGGUGGACAGCUGAAUAGUAUGGUUCGCUGGGCUUGUGAUCGAGGAUUCAGACUCAUUGGAAAAAGCACGGCUGUCUGUAAAAAAGCUCCAUAUGGUUAUUAUUCCUGGGACGCGCCCGUACCUGCAUGUCAAGCAAUAUCGUGUGGGAUUCCAAAGGCUCCUGUAAAUGGAGGAAUAUUGUCUACUGAUUACUUAGUGGGUACAAGUGCCAAUUAUUUCUGUAAUGAUGGGUUCAAGUUAUCAUCCAAAGAGCUCACUACAGCCAUUUGCCAGCCAGAUGGCACAUGGAGUAACCAUAACAAAACACCUCGCUGUGUAGUUGUUACGUGUCCAAGCAUCAAUUCUUUCACCUUGGAACAUGGAAGGUGGCGCAUUGUCAACGGAUCCCACUAUGAAUACAAGACAAAAGUCGUCUUUAGCUGUGAUCCAGGCUACUUCCGUUUGGGGCCAGCGUCUAUUCAGUGCCUUGCCAAUGGAACGUGGAGUUGGAGAAAUGAGAGGCCACACUGCCAAAUUACGUCAUGUGGAGAACUCCCUGUGCCACCCAAUGGCAAAAAAAUAGGAACGCAAACCACAUUUGCAUCAACAGCAAUAUUUACCUGUGAGACAGGUUAUAUGCUGGUAGGGUCAGUGGUGCGCGAAUGCUUGUCUUCUGGUCUUUGGAGCGGCACUGAAACUAGGUGUUUAGCUGGUCACUGUGGAACACCAGAACUAAUUGUGAAUGGGCAAGUUAUCGGAGAGAACUAUGGAUACAGAGACACUGUUGUUUAUCAAUGCAACCCUGGUUUUCGCUUGAUUGGGUCAUCGGUGCGAAUCUGCCAGCAGGAUCACAACUGGUCUGGUCAGCUGCCAUCUUGUGUGUCCAUCAGCUGUGGGCACCCCGGCAGCCCAAUCUAUGGGAGAACCAGCGGCAACGGUUUCAACUACAAUGAUGUUGUGACUUUCUCUUGUAACAUGGGAUAUGUUAUGCAAGGACCGACACGGGCGCAGUGUCAGGCCAAUCGGCAGUGGAGUCACCCCCCUCCUAUCUGCAAAGUGGUGAACUGUACGGAUCCUGGAAUUCCUGAAAACUCCAUCCGGGAGAGUAAAAUAGAACAUGGUAACUUCACUUAUGGAACCGUGGUAUUUUUUGACUGCAAUCCAGGUUACCAUAUAUUUGGAUCUUCUGUGCUGGUUUGUCAACCGAACGGACAUUGGGACAAGUCACUCCCAGAAUGUAUUAUGAUUGACUGUGGCCACCCCGGAGUCCCUCCAAAUGCAAUUAUUUCUGGAGAAAAGUUUACCUUUGGCUCUACUGUUCAUUAUUCUUGCACUGGAAGGAGAACCGUAAUAGGCCAUUCUACGAGGACCUGUCAGUUAAAUGGGCAAUGGAGUGGAUCCCUACCUCACUGCUCAGGUGACGCUGCAGGUUGGUGCGGAGAUCCCGGAGUGCCUGACCAUGGAACCAGAGAAGGAACAGAAUUAAGAACAAAAAAUACCAUGAAAUUUAACUGUGAUGUUGGCUACGUACUUAAUGGGGCACAAGAACGGACUUGUCUGAGCAAUGGGACAUGGACAGGAAAGCAACCAGAAUGUAAAGCUGUACAGUGUGGGAAUCCCGGAACAACUGCAAAUGGAAAAGUGUUUCGUAUCGAUGGGACAACAUUUUCCAGCUCAGUAACAUAUUCUUGUGUGGAAGGCUACAUUCUUUCUGGCUAUAAUAUCAGGCAAUGCACAGCUAAUGGAACGUGGUCAGGAGCAUUGCCCAAUUGCACAAUUAUAAGCUGCGGAGAUCCUGGUAUCCCAGCUAAUGGCAUUAGGUAUGGAGAAGAUUACAUAGUUGGGCAAAAUGUUACCUAUAUUUGUCAACCAGGGUACAUUAUGGAUCCCAAGAGCUCGGUUACACGCAUGUGUACAAGCAAUGGCACUUGGAGCGGCAUUAUCCCAGUUUGCAAAGCCGUUACUUGCCCAUAUCCACCUCAGGUGUCUAAUGGGAGGCUAGAGGGAACAAACUUUGAUUGGGGCUUUAGUAUCAGUUAUGCCUGCCUUCCAGGUUAUGAACUAUCCUUUCCAGCAGUAUUGACCUGUGUCGGCAAUGGGACAUGGAGUGGAGAAGUCCCGCAAUGUUUACCAAAGUUUUGCGGUGAUACCGGGAUUCCUUCUAACGGCAGGCGAGAGGGCAAGAGCUUCAUUUUUCAAUCGGAAGUCUCUUUCGUUUGCAACCCGCCCUAUAUCUUGGUUGGCUCUGGCACAAGGAUAUGCCAAGCAGAUGGUACUUGGAGUGGCUCACCUCCGCGGUGUAUAGAGCCCACUUUGACAUCUUGUGAAAAUCCAGGAACCCCUCGCCAUGGUUUCCAAAAUAAUACCUAUGGAUACCAGAUGGGAAGGGUGGUUCAGUUCUCUUGUAAAAAAGGUUACCUCCUGCAUGGAUCCACCAGUCGCACCUGUCUUCCUGACCUCACCUGGAGUGGAAUCCCAACUGAGUGCAUUCCCCACAGCUGCAAGCAGCCAGAAUCUCCAUUACAUUCAAAUGUAGUUGGAAUAGAUCUUCCGUCACUUGGUUAUACAUUAAUUUACACUUGCCAGCCAGGAUAUCUUCUCUCGGGAGGGACUGAACACCGAAUUUGCCAGCCAGAUAACACAUGGAGCGGAAAAGUUCCAGUUUGUACAGCGGGAUCUAAGUCGUUUGAAAAUAAAACAAAACCUGUUAUGGGAACUCCAAGCCCAAAGCUAAGUGUUCCAGAUGAUGUAUUUUCUCGAAAUUAUAUGUGGAAAGGAUUUUACAACUUAAAAGGAAAGAAUCAACCAAUGAAUUUGACAGUUAACAGCUACAAUGUAUCCACAGGAAAGGUGAAUGCGACACUUAUCAAUAGCAACACCGAGUUUCUUCUUUCAGGGGUUUACAAAAGUCAGGAAGCUCGAUUGACUCUGCACAUAAAUUCAGUAAAAACUUCAGCUCACACCUCCUUAAGCAGAAUGAAAGACGAGAAAUGGGCAAUGGAUGGAUUUGUAUCAGCUGAGCCUGAUGGAGCUACAUAUGUGUUUCAAGGGUCCAUUCAUGGGAAAGAUUAUGGACAAUUUGGACUAAGAAGUAUAGUAAUGAACAUGUCAGAGGAUAAUUCUUCAAAUCAAUCGCUUGGAACAAACAGCAGCUCUGUCGCGAUCGCUAUCCUGGUGCCUUUCUUCGCCCUCAUUUUCGCCGGCUUUGGUUUCUAUCUCUAUAAACAAAGGACUGCACCUAAAACACAGUAUACGGGAUGCGCCGUACAUGAAAAUAACAAUGGACAGGCAGCUUUCGAAAACCCAAUGUACGACACCAACGCAAAAUCCGUGGAAGGAAAAGCAGUACGAUUUGACCCAAAUUUGAACACUGUUUGCACAAUGGUAUAAUGCUGGAAGACUCUUAUUCCUAAAUCUGGAAAUAUGAGACGUACAGCUGUGCCCUAUCCGGUUCACCGCUACUAUUAAAGCACAUUUUUAAGAACACAUUGGGGUCACAUUUACCCGUGUAGGGAGAGAGAAGAAAGAAGACAGAAAAGAAGAAAAAUCCGUACUGAAAAUAACCGGAAAUGACUCUUCGCGUGCAACAUGGGAAAUUUUUCCAGCAUAUCCACUGCACUCUGUGAGUGCUUAAUUACAAUUUCUUUUCUUUUUUUUUAAAAAGGAGAUUAAUCUAGACUCGAAACUUAUUUGCAUAUAUCGGAGGAGGAUCCGCUCUCAGUAUUUACUGUGCUUUAUAAACUAUAAUAAAAGGUCUGGAACAAAAUAAGACAAACAAAAAAACAAACAAACAAUGAUAUAUGGUAGAAAAUUGCUAUAAUUACUGGAGAAAAUAAGAAAUACUGGUAUUAGGUAUAUUGCAUUCUUGGGCUUUGGCAUCCUAAUCACAAAUGAGGGCCUCAGAUGUUCCAUUUUGCAUCAAUUUUUUUGAAACCUAUAAAAUACAGGUGGUGUUUAUUUUAUAUUGACAGGCACUUAUAUACCCAUUGGGUCGGUGAGGAAUGGGGACAAGUUUUAUAAAUACAUUUGUAGCAAGACACUAAUUAAGUAACCAGGGGGUGCUAUUCAGUUCCGUCAACAGUAGGAACAUCCAUCCCCUCCCCAGAAUCUUUUACAGUUUGUUUUCUACUAUAUGCGACUCACCAUUAGUGAGCCUUGUUCAUAAAAUAAUGUUAACUGAAAUAUCCCAUGCUAUGCAUGUUAUGGUUAACGAUAUAUGUAUAGGGAACAUAUUUUAAGAUAUCCAGAAAAUGAAUAAGCAUCUCAGUUAAAUGAUGUUGAGUAUCCUAAUAAACUUCGAGCUCUACACUACUUUCUGUCCUGCACAUACCAUUGUUUGCAGGACGUUGCGAUCUGGGGACAGAAGAAGCAUUAUCUGUCGGUUUUGGGUUAUGCCCACUGCAAACAGGUUUGACAUGGCAGGUUGCGGAUGAGUGGUUAAUUUUGUCCCAAUUUUUUUUUUUUUUAAUUCGGGAAUGUUGGGAGUUUGACCUUUAUACUGAAAAGGUAGCUGUAAUAGAGAGAUAUUGUUUAAUAAAAUGCU